GGACUCUGCUAAACCGCAUGGGUGCACACGCCUGCAUUUCGUCCCCGAGUGUUCGAGAGGAGCGCAGUGUUGAAACUCCUUUUUUAUAUCAUUGCAAAGUUGAACAGUCGUCUUUGGUAUUCGAAACACCCAAAAUGGCUAAAUCCAAGAACCACGCGCCAAAGAAAAUAUCAACAUGGUUCGAGAUAUUUGCAGUUCUACUCGGCAGUGUGUUUGGUUGUGUUUUCACUGUUGCCUUCGCUUGGCAGUUGCAAGUGUCAGACUUCACGAGAAGACGUAUGUCCCUCUCCAGUUCCCACGGGAUGCACCAUGAAGUCGUGACAACAAAGGCUGACAGACUGGCAAAAGAAGUCCGAAUAUUGUGCUGGGUCUUGACGCAGCCCAAGUCUCAUUACAAAAAAGCAGUACACGUGAAGAACACUUGGGGAAAGCGGUGUGACAAACUCAUCUUCAUGAGCACGGAAAACGAUACGAGUCUCGGCGCCGUCGCUCUGAACACCUCCGAAGGGCGCGUCAAUCUGUGGGGCAAGACGAAGGCCUCUCUCAAAUACGUUUACGACCACCACUUGGAGGAAUACGACUGGUUUCUGAAGGCUGACGACGACACGUACACAAUAAUAGAGAAUUUGCGUUAUAUGCUCAGCAACUAUGACCCAGAAUUUCCCGUUUAUUUUGGAUCAAGACUUAGAUUGUUCUACAAAGAGGGAAUCCUGGGGGGAGGUUCCGGUUACGUUAUGAGCCGAGAAGCAACAAGAAAGUUCGUGGAAAAAGCCUUGCCAGAUAAAUCAAUAUGCAAGCAAAGCGAACAGGGUCUGGAAGAUGUUGAGUUAGCUGGCUGUCUGCUGAAAAUUGGAGUUUUGAUAGGCGAUUCUCGAGACAGCUUGGAACGUGGUCGCUUCUUCCCAUUAGGACCUGAUAUUCAUAUCAUGGGACAUAUUCCUUACUGGUAUAAGGAACAUGCUUUUUAUAAACCCUAUGCGGGCUUCAAUGACUGUUCAGAAUCAGCAAUCGCCUUCCACUAUGUUGUUCCUGAACUCAUGUACUGGUAUGAUUUCCUCCUCUAUUACGUGAGAGCUUUUGGGAUCAAGCAUGAGCAGCCAUUUCCUGCCGAGUUGCCGCCCGACAUAAAGAGUUUACCGCGAGAGGACUUUGAAAAACUUGUCAUCCCCAAGAACGUUACGCAAGCCAGUUAAUUUUAACACAUAUAAUAAGUGUGUGUGUGUGUGUGUGUGUGUGUGUGUGUGUGUGUGUGUGUGUGUGUGUGUGUGUGUGUGUGUGUGUGUGUGUGUGUGUGUGUGUGUGUGUGUGUGUGUGUGUUGUGUGUGUGUGUGUGUGUGUGUAUUUAUUUCUUACUGUGGCUCUUUUACUUUACAUAUAUAUGCUUAUAUAUACUUAUAUAUAUAUAUAUAUAUAUAUAUAUAUAUAUAUAUAUAUAUAUAUAUAUAUAUAUAUAUAUAUAUAUAUAUAUAAAGGUGUGUGUGUGUGUGUGUGUGUGUGUGUCCUUGUGGGACAGGGCACUUGAGAAGAAGACCCCCCCCCCAACCCAAGCGAGGAUCCACGUGGAAUGGGGCUUCUGCCUUCGUGCUGUUCCUGGAGAGAGACCAAGACGAACGCAAAUGGUGACCUAGGUUGACCCAGUAAGAACGAGCCUCAUCACCGUUUCGUCCAGACCUCCGGCCUCGACACUGGGCAGGUCGGGGCACAGCGCCGCUCCGUUGCUUCCUGCCAGUUGCAUUAUCUUGUGUAUUUAUUACCGUGUGUGUGUGUGUGUGUGUGUGUGUGUGUGUGUGUGUGUGUGUGUGUGUGUGUGUGUGUGUGUGUGUGUGUGUGUGUGUGUGCAUAUAUACAGAUAUGACAAUUCCUUUGGCGUCCAAUUUACACCAUGUGUACUUUCCAUUGAAUUGAUGAUUUGUAAUUAUCAUGUGCAAAGUGGAUUCAUAAUGAUGCAGUUUUCAUUCAGUAAACCAACUUUCAUUAUC